AUUGAACGAACGUGUAGCUUAACAGGGUCGAGCGGCGGCGAAGAAAGGGGGUUUGGGGAGCGACGGUUCUUGUUCUUUUCAGGUUUGCAUCUUUGCGCUUGAGAUCGAGGAGAGGGAGUGGAGAGAUGGGGCGGACGCCGAGGGCGAUCGUGGAGGAUGAUUACGAGACUGAACAACAAAAGCAAGCUGCUGCUGAUGUUUUGUACCAGUAUUCUCAAUUUGUUAUGGUGUGUAUUGGGGAGGGAGUUCGGCCAACUGAUCUCAGAUUGCACUUAAUGAAGGAACUUUCAGGAAUGCCAACAUCAUUAAAGAAAGAGCCUUUGCCAGAUUCCCCCUCCUCGACAGGCGAACCAUCAUCUUCGGGGUCAAUGAAAAGGGACAAAUCUCACAGCUCAUAAACCAAUAUCGUACGAGACAGGUUCAAGAUACCAAUUGUAUGCGAAUGAGAUCAUUCUCCUGUUGUACAAGAAUGCUAAGUUGAGAGAAUUCAUAGGACGGUGAAGCAUGUGGCCAGUGUUUUAUUAUGUAUAGGUAAAUGUUAUUUAUAAAUGGUACAUACAUGCUGAUGGUAUUAAAAUUGGCUUAUGAUUCUUAAGCUCUUAGAUUGGAUGAA